CUGGGAGAAGGGUCCUCGGAGUGUUCAGGGGAGGGAGCGGAGAUGGCGGCCUUGGUGCGGGAAGAUGGCGCCCGAGGCCCAGAGCGAGGGCGGCGGGGCUGCGAGCAUUAUGACAGAGGAUGUCUCCUGAAGGCACCUUGCUGUGACAAGUUGUAUACUUGCCGGUUGUGUCAUGAUAACAAGGAAGAUCAUCAGCUAGAUCGCUUUAAAGUAAAGGAAGUACAGUGCAUAAAUUGUGAAAAAAUUCAACAUGCCCAACAGACUUGUGAAGAGUGUAGCACAUUGUUUGGAGAAUAUUAUUGCAGUAUAUGCCAUCUGUUUGACAAAGACAAGAAGCAGUAUCAUUGUGAAAACUGUGGAAUUUGUAGGUUUUUUCAUCUCUUCACUUUCAGCCUGUGUGACUCCUUUGUUCCUAGGAUAGGUCCAAAGGAAGAUUUUUUCCACUGUUUGAAAUGUAACUUAUGCCUAGCAAUGAAUCUCCAAGGAAAGCACAAGUGUAUUGAAAAUGUUUCCCGGCAGAAUUGUCCAAUAUGUUUAGAGGACAUUCACACAUCUCGUGUUGUUGCCCAUGUUUUGCCAUGUGGACAUCUUUUACAUAGAACAUGUUAUGAAGAAAUGUUGAAAGAAGGCUACAGAUGUCCAUUAUGUAUGCACUCUGCUUUAGAUAUGACGAGGUACUGGAGACAGCUGGAUGAUGAGGUAGCACAGACUCCUAUGCCAUCUGAAUAUCAGAACAUGACUGUAGAUAUUCUCUGCAAUGAUUGCAAUGGAAGAUCUACAGUCCAGUUCCAUAUAUUAGGCAUGAAGUGUAACAUUUGUGAAUCCUACAAUACUGCUCAGGCUGGAGGCUGUAGAAUUACACUAGAUCAGCAGUGACCAGCAUAUACUGCACUGGAAAACUCAGCAUUUUCUGAUAGAACAAAGCUAUCUUUAGUAUCCUAUUGUCAUAAUGUGUCAGAAUCUAUGCAUUAGAGUUGAUGUGUCACAGCAUAAAGUCAUAUUACAAAUACUUAAGGAUUCAGGGUCUCUUUAUAGAAUUACCAUAUCUCUAUAUUUAAUGAACACCACUGCACCUGUGUUUUGAUUGAAAAUUCCUUUAGUGUCAGUUGUUUGGAAGCCAAUGAUGUUUGCCACUAAAACUUACAUCCAUAGAAAGAUGUUAUACAUUCAUGGAACUUUGCUUUAAAUGGCAUUCUGCAUGCAGAAUUCAUUUCUAGUUUGACAGAACUGUAAUUAAUUCUAAGUAUUAUUCUUGACUUUUUAAGGGCUGUACUAUAAUAAGAAUAUGUUCUAUCUUACUGUUAAAAUCUAAUUCCAUAUGCUUUAGAAAUUUCUAAGACAGUCCUUUGGAUCUUGUAAAUGUGAAUUUUGACAUAAUAACUGCUAAUAAAAUUAUAUUGAAACAGUG